CACGGUAGGACUCUCGGUGCGCGGCCGGUUUCGUCGAGCUAUGUCCGGGGAGUGCCCGUUGACGGUUCCAACCCUGUUUUUUGCCGCUACGGAACGGUUUUGAGUGCGUGUCCGCAACGCCGGGCUUCUAUCCGACGAUAUCGAGCCUCCAGUCAUCCUCGAUAUCAAACGCGUUAUAUGUUAUUGAUGACAUGUCAGGGAUCAAGCUCGGUACAAGAAUAACGCGUGAACGAGCCGAGUCGCACGGAUUCGAAAGAGGCUGCUGCUUUCCGGUUGGUCAACAAACGCGUGGAUCAACGCCGGAUCAUCCGUUUCCAAAUUGAUGCAAGUGGCUGCCACGGAAGAAGGAACUCCUGCUGCUCCUACUGCAGACUCCGUGCGCACCCUACGCUAGAACCACUUCUCUCCACAGUCCCUUGUGUGCGUGCCUGCCUGCCUGCCUGCCUGCCUGGCUGCGUGUGUGUAUGUGCCUCCGGCUCCGUGUGCGUGUGUGCCUGUGCGUUCCGAAAGCGUGAUAUACCCUCGGGGUUGGAGAGUGUGUCUCUGUGGUAGUGCGUGCCGACAGGGUGUCAACUCCCCGCCCUUGCCGCCCAAGGGUGGCUCAUCGUACGCAUCGAAGCCGGCCACCUCUUUUUCAACAUCAUCAGCGGCAUCCUCCUUCAUUCACCUUUUAACCGUAUUACUAUAUACUCGUAACGCGAAACCGAAAUAAAAGUUGGUUCGGGUUGAUCGCCCUCGGGGUUAAUAAAAAUUUUACAUGUGGCGCAGCAAGAAACACAGGAGGAAAAACAGCCUGGAGGCUGCCGGAGACUCGCUGACUUUGGAAUUAUGAAGCCGAAGCACGCAUCCGCGGUCCGACCCAGCGAGGACUGAGCCGGCGUUGUUGACAACCUCCGGAGGGUUCUGGCUUUAGUGACUGUUCGAGCUGUGCUCGUCGGGUCAGGAAUUCCCGCUCAUUAUCACGAGGUUUAACGCCGCUGAUGCGCGGCGAUACUGUGCCAGGUUGACUCCGGGCUUUGCGAGCCUCUGGAAUCGAAAGCGUCGACGGGAACAACGACUCCCGGCGUUGGACGAGAGCCCGAGGAUCGAAGGGGUCGGCGACCCUCGAUAAUCCACGCAUUAGGAAGACCUAAAGGGGGUUCGGGUGUCUUCGAAGAUGCGAGAGCUGGAGGAAGGCGGCAGCUUUUUUCACCCGGUCGAGUCACGAGCCAGAGAACGUUGAUGCUCUCGUGACGCUUGAAGGUCUUCCGGAAGCCGUGGGAAAGACUGGGUUAAGUGGCUCUCGGUCUGUUAAGGGGGUGGCCCGAGAAAGCCGAAGUAAAGUUUCGCCUCGCAGGCUCGUGUUAACCGAAAUUUUCGGAUGGUUCGGAUGCUCGGAGGCAGCUCGGUGGGCCAGCUCGAGAUCAACGUGAGAUCUCCGACGUCUUGGGUGAGCCGGGCUGAGGGAUGAUGUUAGUAGAAGUGACCCCAGCUAACCACCCCAGUGGAAAGACGACAAAGAGCCGUUUCGUUAGGAGAGUAACUGGCAUCAGGAGAUCGGGAGUCGAGUCGGGGCUGAGAAGGAAUGUGAGGAGAGUCGCGCAGGUGCAGGAUACGGCUUCAAGGAUAAAUAGGAACCAGGUGGUUGGGAGGCCUAUGAUGGCCGCGUGGACGACCAAUCCACCGGUGAGUCACAGUUCAUUGAAUCAGCUGACGAAGCGGAAGAGAGUGGGAUGCGUCGUUAAGCCGGAAGUCAGAAGUUUUACUCGUGCUCGAGCAGCGAGCCUUCCGGGAGUGAGCACCGAAUCGUUUUACCAAGGAUUAACCAAAGUUUUGUUCGCCGGUGUUGCUACGAACGAUAAAGCCGAUCGGGCUGACCUUGUUGAACUGCUUGCCGCGUAUUUGUCGAGGGAAUCAGGCUCGUCGGUUUAUGACUCGAGGAAUUCGUCGCGGCUACGCCGUUGCUAGCGGAAGACAACGAGUCCUGACGCCGCAACAUCAUCGUCUCUUCCUCGCCCCCCUUUUUCUCUACUCCUCUCUCUCAUUCUCUCUCUUUCUCUCCGAGGUCAACCUCCAGGUCACGUGGCUUCCUUUCCUCCCGGACAACUCGCCUCCAAACACGUCCCGCGUCGUGCUAACCGUCAAAAGUCCGUUGAACCUCGUUGACAGUUACAUCAGGACUAAUAAUAAAAGUCUAUCUGACUAACCCGGAAGUGUCUUCUCCCCCCAAAACGCCGGGCAUCUCGGCACGGGAUUCAAUCGCGGGCGAUGUUGGUGCGACACUCGGACGGCUUCGUGUGCCGCGAUAAACAGACGCUUACUUGUUUCACCCUCGGACGUAACAGCCUCCACGAUCAUCGUCGCUUUCGUUGCUUCCUGCUCUCCGAGCCUCCGUGUUUAACCUCGUUAUCGUUCUGCCCGACGUCGAGAAACAAUAAUAGUCGAACCUCGACGACAGGAGCACCGUUCUCCGAUUCAAGCACACCCCGAGUCCGGUAGCUCGGUCCACUUCGUUCGACUCUCUCAUCGACGCCCUUGGGCAAUGUGCCCACCCGCCGGCAACGCAACGGGUGGACACGGCGUACGAUGGUCAGGGAUGCUUGGACGGACGACGGUGGGAAAGGCUGGUGGCGAUGGUGGUCCAGGUUGGGCGGAUUGUUGGCGAUGGCGGUGGCCUUUUCCUGUUUCGUCACAAUACUUCCGGGUGCCUCGGCCAAUCCGGACGCGAAGCGUCUCUACGACGAUCUUUUAUCCAACUACAAUCGGCUCAUACGACCGGUUGGCAAUAACAGCGAUCGCCUUACCGUCAAAAUGGGACUGCGGUUGUCACAGCUCAUCGACGUUAAUCUGAAAAAUCAGAUCAUGACGACGAACGUUUGGGUGGAGCAGGAGUGGAACGAUUACAAGCUCAAAUGGAAUCCUGAAGAGUACGGAGGGGUGGAAACGCUACACGUACCCUCGGAACACAUAUGGCUGCCUGACAUAGUUCUUUAUAACAAUGCUGACGGCAAUUACGAGGUUACAAUAAUGACCAAGGCGAUAUUACAUCACAGCGGUAAAGUUACGUGGAAGCCACCUGCCAUCUACAAAUCAUUUUGCGAAAUAAACGUGGAGUAUUUUCCAUUCGACCAACAAACGUGCUUCAUGAAAUUCGGCUCGUGGACUUACGACGGUUACACGGUCGACUUGAGGCACCUGAAGCAAAGGGAGGAAUCGAACGACAUCGAGGUUGGCAUCGACCUAACGGAUUAUUACAUAAGCGUCGAGUGGGACAUAUUAAAAGUGCCUGCUAAGAGAAACGAGAGGUUCUACAUAUGCUGCGAGGAGCCGUAUCCUGACAUAAUUUUUGACAUAACGUUACGUCGUAAGACUUUGUUCUACACGGUAAAUUUGAUAAUACCGUGCGUGGGUAUAUCGUUUCUUUCGGUCCUCGUGUUUUAUUUGCCAAGUGACAGCGGUGAAAAGGUGUCAUUGUCAAUUUCGAUAUUGCUCUCGUUAACGGUGUUCUUUCUACUAUUAGUCGAGAUAAUACCACCUACGUCGUUGACAGUACCGUUGCUCGGUAGAUAUUUAUUAUUUACAAUGGUGUUGGUGACGUUGUCGGUAGUGGUUACGAUUGCUGUGCUCAAUGUGAACUUUCGUUCCCCUAUAACCCAUCGUAUGGCUAAGUGGGUAAGAACUGUCUUUAUAAACGUGUUGCCGAAGUAUUUACUGAUCAAGAGACCGAGCAAGGACGACGACGAGGACGAGGACGGGAACGGUGAUGAUCCCGAUCACGACGCUAAGCCACCGGACGCCAUACUCACCGAUGUCUUUCACGUACAAGAGACUGACAAGUAUGAUCCAUAUUGCGGUGAUUACGAGAUCAAUGCGUUGACCGAUAUGCCGGGGAUACCGGGGAUUCCGGGUAUGCCCGGACUCCCGGUCAUCACCGACAAUCGAUACGAGGCACCUGGCAGCGUUGCCCCGCGCUUCGAGGAACCACUGCCAGCAUUACCCUUGCCAGGAGCCGACGACGACCUCUUCGGACCAUCCAGCCCCGGUUACGUUCACGAGGACGUCAGUCCCACCUUCGAAAAACCACUCGUCAGGGAGAUCGAGAAAACGAUCGACGACGCGCGGUUCAUUGCUCAACAUGCCAAAAAUAAGGACAAAUUCGAGAGCGUGGAGGAGGAUUGGAAGUACGUCGCGAUGGUGCUGGACAGGAUAUUCCUGUGUGUAUUCACGCUGGCGUGUGUCGUCGGGACGGGUAUGAUAAUACUGCAAGCACCGAGUCUGUACGACGACACGAAGCCGAUAGACAUCGUUUACAGUAAGAUUGCCCAGAAGAAGAUGAUGCUGAUGAACAUGGGUCCGGAGGAGGACGAAUAGUCGACGAUGUCGCGCGGCUCGAGGACCGCGUUAUUAUCAUUAUCGUCAGUGGCAGCAGCAACGGGAGCGACCUUGAGGUGUGUAACGAUAGUUAAGGUCGUCGGAAGGUCGUUGUUGUCAGGUCGAAGCUUCUCCGGGCGUCCGAGGUCGUCGAAGCUCUCGCGAGUACGGAGGCAGGUUCGAGGUCAGAUCGGAUCCCGUCCUCCAAGGUCAACGGCUUCUUCCCGGUCUCCUCACCGUCGUCGACGGCGCAGAGGUCGAAGAAGACGGAAGAGGCGACGGAGGCGGAGGAGAUGGCGUCAUUUUCAGCUCGUUUCAAGCUCGCCCUCGACAAAUAAUCACUCGACAGACAAAGCGAAGCGAUUUCUCGACUUCUCGAUAAUUUGCCUUACGGCGGAAGCCCUCACCGAGGUCUCAAGCCUCCGAUCUUCGUCAGGGCCUCGAUGAGUCCACACUUUUUUUUUUAUGUAUUUUCUCGUCGUCGCGCGACGAGGCGAGAAACGCUUAAAAUCCUCUCGCCCCCCGGCUCCUCGAGGCGAGCCUCGAUUCAGCCUCGCCCGAGAAACUCCGGGCGAGUCGAGACCUCCUUGAGGCUAUACAAAUUCGCAACAUUCAAACAAAUACUAAAUCGCCGUGGACCGCGCGAGUCCGGAGACCCGCGUUACGAGCGAUCCUCGUAUCAACGAAGAAUUACGAGUCGAAAAUAAUGAAGAAUGAGCGAAAGAAAAAAAGUGGUGCGCAAGAGUCCGUGGAUGAAAAAAGCGAGAAAAAAAUUGAAAAAAAAAAUUGAAAAAAAAUAAUAAAAACUAGAGACGAGGUUAAAAGUGCCAAAUAUGCCAAAAUAUGCGUGCCGUAUUUUUGUAAAACCCAGGUUUCAUACGUAAGGCUAGAGUCGCGCGGCGAAAUUACGUCGAGAGCUAACAAAAAAAAAACAAAAAAAAAAACAAAAACAAAAACAAAAAAAAAACAAAAACACAAACACACAAAAAUAAGGGAGAAAAUGGCGAACGAACUACGAAAGGGCAUGGGACGAGGUGAGACGAGCGAGAGGAAAAAAUAACACGCGCGAUGAAAGAAAAAGAAAAAGGGAAAAUAAAAAAUAAAUAAAUUUAAUGAAAAAGAAAAACCAACAACAUUAAUUAAUUAAUUAAUUAAUAAGUAUACAAAACAUUAGCCGAACUGCCGAUUUUAUAAGAUGACGUUCGAAGAUUCAAAAAAUAUAAAAAAAAAAAAACAAAAACAAAAACAAAAAAAACAAAACAUAAUGAGGGAAAAAAGGAAGAAAAUAUGCAAAAAAUGAAAAUAAAAAAAAAUAAAUAAAUGAAUAAAAAUAAACGAAGCGAGACAUUACAUCAAUCAUAUAACCACUUUGCCACUGCGAGAUGUUACGUAAUAUUGUAUACAUAUUAUUAAAGAAAAGAAUGAAAGAAACAAUGAAAAACUUACACAAACACGCUCGCACACAUACUCUCCACUGAGGCGAAACGAACGUGGGAUCGUAAAAGCACUUGGAAAUGUACGAUUUGACACGUACAAGGCUCGGAAAUGAAUCGGGAAUCGACGCACUUUAAAACGUAGUUGAGGAGGGUCAAGGGGUCAGACGAAAUGACGAGGUGAAAAUCAAAAGAAAAACUAUCGAGAUUAGAUAUGACUUGGGAAUCGUAUCGUUGACGAUAUUUGUUGCGAUUCAUUGAAAAAAUGUUGAAAAAGUGAGAGAGGCGUUUGAAUUUUUGAGAAAUUAAUAACGAAUUGAUCGAGUGAAAGAGAGCGAGCGAGAGAUACAAAAAUAGCAUACAUCGCUUUAAACUGCCAAUAUUCAGAGUGGCCUCUAUCCAACGUAGAAAUUUGACGAAAGAUAUAAAAAUGAAAAGUUUUUCUCGAGUAGGAAGGGUGGAUCGAAAGUAAAAUGCGAUUACGAUAUGAUUUUGGACGUUUUAUUUUCACGCUAUUAGCCCCAAGGUCAAACAAUUGUUAUUCGGGUCAAGCCCAGUUGAAAAAGCCAUUGGAGGUCAUGGUUGUUGAAGGAAAAAAGGAUGAGAGAAAAGGCUCGUUAGUUUUGAGGCUAGAGGCCACCGGAGGUCAAUCGGUGUGUGUGUGUGUGUGUGUGUGUUGAAGCGAAAGUCACGAAUCGUUGCCAAGUGGUCAAGCUUCGUCAUCGUUAUGCCGACGUGCUAAUUUGUCGUUUAAAUCACCCGAGCCUCCGGGGCGAAUCCUCGAAUGACGAGAAGCGCCAUUUUUUUUCUGAAGCUCUCAAAGCUCCAGCCGAUGACGCAAGCUCACCGAGAUUUUUCACCUUAUUUUUUGCUAUUUCGCCUCUCAACGGAAACGCGGCUUUAAUAAUAAUUUGAAAAAAAAAAAAAAAAAAAAAAAAAAAAAAAAAAAACGAUCAUUAACGAGGAAUUUUGGGAAUUGGAAAGCCCAAAAAGCCGCGAGCCCGAGCGAUCUCAAGAGCGACCUUGAAAAAGGGUCUCGAUCGUCCUCACCAGAAUCUGACUUCGUUUCGCCCGGCAUUUCAAACGAGAAACCUUCACCAAAUAGAAGCAACCUUUUUUUCUUCAUUUUUUUUCAACCAUUCGAUCUUUGCUCACCUAACCAUAACGCCCGACGAUAAUGAAAUUAGAAAAUUCUAAUAGAACGUUGAAAUAAUCGACGAUUGCGACGACACGCUCGAAAAUGAGGGAAACCAUUUUUUGACACGAGUCCAAGAAAGGACUGGCCCUAAAGGGCCCAUCGAAAAUGAACCCACAAUCCCAAACCUCGUUUUUUCACUACUCCCCCCCCCCACCCCACCCCCCUCCAAGAAACCCCCAACCAAACUCAAACCACCCUCGCAAUCUCUUUACCUACAAAUACAAAACGACCCAGCCCCUCGGUACAGUAUAAAAUGAAUAAUCAAUUGGUUUGCUCACGUAAAAAUAAAUGAUGUAACGUUUAAAUUGCAUAUAUACACAUAUUGAUAUAUCUAUAUGUAUAUAUACAUAUUGCAUGUAUAUUUCAAGUAUAUAUGUAUAUAUAUAGAUGUACGAGGAUAAAUAAAUGAUAAAACAAACGAUACAAUUGUUAUUGGCGCGAGAGGAAAGAAGAGAAAAGCAUUGAGGAGAGUAGAAGAACGAAAAAAAGUUGAUCCAGUAGUAGAAAUGGCUUGAAUUUUGGCUUCGUUGAUAAUAUUCAAUGGUGAAGGGGUAUGGAAACAUUUUUUCUGGCUUCAUUGUCCGGGGAUAAUGACACUUUAAUUAAAAACGUGCAUAAACUUCGUGAGUGCGAUGGUGUGAGUGAGUGGAUUACCAGGUUUUUCGAGCGUGACAAUGAAUGAGCAGGGGGUGGUCGAAUCCCAGUUUUUUUUUUUUUUUUUUUUAAAUUUUAUUUGAUGUCCUUUCGACACAGUUGAAAAACGAAGGAUUUCACGAUGCGAAAAGACUCGAAGGAUUUUCAACAGUUGAUAAAAGAACUGCUGCAAUCGAGCAUUAUAAAUUUCUGAUGAGUUUUAACAUUUUUGGGUUUGUUUGGAGUGUAAAAGCUGCGAAAUUUCAUCGAUGAUUAGAGGAAAAUCGAGGGGAUUUAAAAUCGAGGUUUUUCGCGACGAGAGGCCAGGCCGCGUGAGCUUCGACUGGAUCAACUGUUCGAAGCAGGGUUGCGAAUAACGAAUCAUUUGUAUAUUGCAACAUUUACAACCCCGUUUCGAAUGACACGUUUGAAACAAGAUUUCUUAAGGACUCGCUACACUCGAGGGUUCAUCAUUCCAUUUGAAAAACGAAGCCUUCCAGGCCUCGAAGACUCUUCGAACCGGAGAAUCACGAUCGUCUCAGAAGCCGGUCCAACGAAAACGAGGAAUAUUUCAUCCCCGAAAGCAGCCUCCCUUCGGCUUGCAGCCCCGCCAAGAAAUAGCACCCUUGAAAAAUUCAGUCUCGGCGCCACGUAAGCUCGGGCGAGGAAACGACAACAAACGAAUAAUAUUUCUUUAAAUAAUCUCACGUUAUUUCAUUGAUUAUUUUCUUAUUUAUCGAGUCUCGCGACGCCAAAAAUAUAAAAACCCGUCUUCCCAUAAUCGAUUAACGAGCAUCGUUGCGCCACGAAAUCAUUUACGGUCGAGUGAAUCGUGAGUGGCGUGGACAAAAUUAAUUAUAUAUAUAUAAAUAUAUAUAUAUAUAUAUACACACACACGUAAAACAAAAUACGCAUCCGUACGUAUAAAAUAAUGUAUUGAACGCAUACGUACCAUCAAAAAAGAAAAAAACAACAUUGCGGUUAUGUAAAAUCGUUCGAUAAGCUGUUAAGUCAUUGAAUAUUAAUGAUAAUUCAUGAAUUCAUGAAUAAUUAUAACGAUAAGGAUUAAAAAAACAAUAAAAAUAGACACGAAUAAAAAUGAAUAAGGGGAAAAACACAAUAGUCGUAAAAAUAUGAAUUUAGAAUAACGACUUUAGGUUUUAAUGGUCGUCGUAUCUCGGGAUUAAUCGCGAUAAUCGUUAUCAUAUUUGUGGUAAUAAAUCCUCGCAGAUUUGAAACUCGGACAUGACAAUCCCAAACGCUCAAUAAUUAUUAAAUUAAUGAAUGAAUGAAGUAUAUUUGUAUAUCCAUAUAUAAAUGUAUGCAUGCAUCGCGAUAUGUAUGUACGUUUGUAUAUGCAUAUAUACGAACGUUCGUGUAAAUAUAAUAAUAGCUCGUUGUAACGGAUGGUGGUCAGAAAGCUCAAACUCGGAGGUGGAGCACGUGAAGUAAUAUUGCGAGGGUCCUAAGCUCGAAAAAGCAGCCGCCGAGACUGUUUCUCAAAUAGUGAAAAAAAAAAAACGUAUGAAAUUUAGGGAACGAAAGCGUUGGAACAUUGGAAGUUUUUCAGUCUGUCUUUUCCUUCGGAAUAAUUUGGCUCUUUUCACAACGGGUCGAUGCCACGAUGCGGGGGGUUGACAAGAAUACGUCGUCGUAUACCUUUGCUCGAAAGCCUAACCGUCCAUUUGUAAAAAAAUGAAUUAAAAAAGUUUAAAAAAAAAAUAAAAAAAAAACAAGAAACAAAGAAAGGAAUGAACCACCGAAAUAUAUCAAGAUUUUAAGGUGAAACAACAGCUCGAGGGGAACAAUGCACAGGACUCAGCCAGCGGGAUAAAUCAUUAUCCACGCCCUUAAAAGUACUACCCCCUUUUUUAAUCCUAAAGAGUCAACCCUUCGGACUACUCACCCUGUCGAGGAUCCUUCGUUUCGCUACUUUCGAUCCGGUCGGCACGAGGAACGCAGUAAAAGUUUUUUUUGAUUUUUCAUCAACUCAAUAACUGGUUAAUAUUAAUUUCUAGUAAUAUUUUUCUUAUGAUUAUUGAAAGUUUCUAAUUUUUUUGUUCACUCAUUAUUUGUCAGGGAACGAUUUUGAAGGCUUUUUUGAGCGCUGUCAACUCGUCCAAUUGUCUCGAAUACUGUCGUUGAAUGAAUUGCUCGGACUCCAGCCUUUGAUCGGCGAGACGAAACCUGAGACGAUCGUGACUCGAGAUAACGAGGAGAAGAGAAGAUAGGAAGGGCGGCGAGGAUCUUCGGAAAAUUUAGUGAAAAUUCUAGCCUAAAGAAUAAAUAAAAGGAAAUAAAGAAACGUAAAACAAGAAACUAUCGCAUGUCUUCCUGGGUAAUAGCCUACGUCAUAAGACUUUUUUUGGCACUUGAACUUUUCAAGCGAAUCAGCCCCUCUCGGGGGCUGAGAUGAAAAAAAUGUGAAUUAAGUCGAGAUUAAGGAGAGGAAGGAAAGGAAAAAAAAUCAUCCCUACGCGUACGAGACACAUUUCUCAAAUUAUUUUCAAACAAAGUUCCAUUCGAACUCUCAUCCUUUAUCAUUUAUUCUCGUUUUGAAAAAUAUUCGUCAGCGAAGGUGGUAAAAAAAAAUGUGGUUUAAUCGAUGGAAAAAUGUUGUCGAAGCUGCGAUGUUUUUGGUCGAACGAACCGAGGCAAAUAGGGACAAAUCAAUGAUGAAAUAAUAAUUAUUAUAAUCGUAACGUUAUUAACGUAUAUUGGAGUAAGGAUUAGAUAAAGGGGGUUGGAGAAACGCGAUUUAACAUUUAACGAGGAAUCCACGAUUAUUAUUAGUACGAGACAUUACGAAACAAACGGAUAUUGUUAAUAUAACAUAAUGGCGUCUAUUAUUAAUUUAUAUAAAACUGAUAGUAUUGUUAAGACAAUCAGACUCUUAUAUAUUGCUCCGGCCACAUCGAGGGUCACCCCCAUUACCGAAAACGCAAACCUCCCCCUCCGCCAUCCCUCGGCCCUUCGAGUCCCUUUAUUGGCUCGUGUCUUCCAGGAAUGUUAAUUGCUCGGUCCACCCUGCCACUUCGGAGGCGGAAUUCGUUCGAUUUCCUCCGAUUUUUAAGUGUUCACUUUCACCGUCUGAUCGGGAGAUUUUCCAAAAAAUUUCCAUUUUUUUCUUUCAUUCAUUUGGUUGAAGUGAUUAUUUUUAUUAUUCUUGCGGAUCGAGUCGAUCGACGUUUUCCUGAGAAAUUGGAAAUGCCGCUGAGAAAUACGCCGCCGAGACCGACGCGAGUGAAGCUGUGCAUGGUGAAAAUCAUUCGAGAGUUUUUAGUCACGAUUUAUCGCGAUUAAUAAAAUGAAGGAAAUAAAUAAAGUUGCACCCGCACGACACACGCUCAUGGAACACUUGACACACACACACACAGACACAGACACAGACACUCACGCAAUUGCGCGACCACAAGCGAAUCGAGAUCCACGGAGUGGAAUAAAUAAUUAAAUAAAUAACUAAACCAAUAAUUAAAUAAAUAAAUAAAUAAAUAAUAAAACGAAUAAAUUGAUAACGAAAAGAAGAGAAAGAAAAGGAUUUAAAUAAAAUAAGAUUAAACAAUGUAACUUUAAAGAAUAAAAAGGAAAAAAAUGGGGAAGAAGAAGAAACCAAAACCAUCGUAGAAGUCCUGCGAGCCUCGGGACAUUUUUGUACGCCUUAUUUUCUACAAUAUCUCAAGAUCGCUAUCGAGGACUCGCGAUAUCACUCGUUCAUGUAACACUGCUUGAAGUAAAACGUUAAAAAAAAGAAACGAAAACAAAAACGAAGAGAGAAACAAACGAAAAAACUACGAAAGCCAAGAUUAAAUGAAUCUAAAGGUAGAGCGAAGGGGGAGCUAAGAGUCGCGUAACGUGACGCGAUAAGAGGGAGAGAAAGGAUCUCGAAGGGGAAACGGAAAGAAAAACAAUGAAGCAAAAAAGGCGCCGGAAUAAAUGCGGAACGAAAAUAAACUAAUUUCACCCCUUUUUGUACUCGUUCUUCUGGAGGAGAAAAAGGGAGCAGAGCGAAUAAACCAUGCACACAUACGCACACACACACACACACACACACACACACACACACACAGAGAGGCACACACGAAUUUGUGACGUGGGAAUAAAAAUAUAUCGAGAGUGAGGUCGAGGAAAAAGUUAGUGAGAGGUUAAUUAUCGAAACAAGAAUCGUUUAAUGAUUCAAAGAAAAGAAGAAAAAAAAUGCGUAAAAUAAUGGACACGAGAGAAAAGCAGACGCGUACACGGACACUGAAACAUUUUGUUAUCCUGUAAAUUUAGGGAAUUUCGUCGACGUCGUGAUCAGAGAGGAGUAAUGAUAUCGAAGAAUUAAAAAAAAACUUUUUAAAACGAGAAACUCACACACGGGCACACAGAAACACACACGCACGUACACAGGAGAAGCGAAAAAACAUCUAACAGUUAAAUGUUUAUGAUAAAAUUACGGGUAAUUAAGAAAAUUCUAGAUUUUUUCUAACUAAUCGAUCGUAAAAAUUGAAAUAAAAGAGAUAAGAAAAAAAGACGAAAAAAAAAAGAAAACUAAUGAAUAAAUAAACACAUGGCGGACUUGUGCCAAUCCUCUAGAUUUACGACCUAAACGGAUGCUGAACCGACGGUAUGUGGUGGGGGGAGGAAAAGGAGACGGAAAUAAAAAACGGAAGAGCGUUGAAAUCAUUGAAAAUAAAGGAGAAGACGAGUUAAGAGAUAAAUAAAUAAACGAAUAAAUUUUAACAAAAUAUUAAACAACAAAACGACGUCAACACGAUAAAGGGACAAAAAAAUGUAAGUGAAAAACAAAAAAUUAAAAAAAAAAAAACAAAAACAAAAGAAAUAAGAAUAAAAAAUAUAAAAAAUUACACGAUGCGAGAAUAAAUGAAACCAUGAAUUAAAACAAUGAGAAAUGCUGUUAUCCUAUUAAGUCGGCUUGGAUAUAUUUGAUUAUAUACGUAAGUAUUUAAAAUGUGAGUGAUCGUGACGAAUAAAUGAUUAUUUAUCAUCAUUAUGAUUAUAAUUAUGAUUAUUAAUAUUAUUAAAAAGGUGUGAGUGUCGAUUUGCGAAUGGUUAAAUAAAGAAAGAGUGAAUAAAAAAGUAUUUGCAGGUGUGCAGGAUCCGUGUAUUCGCCAUGUGGAGAAUGGAAUUAAUGGGGGGAGGGGUGAAGCAAAAAGAAAAACCACAAUUAGACCGAGAAAAAAUGUUUUUAUUACGCAAAUAUUCGUUGUCUGAUAAAAAAAAAAAAAGAAGGAAGAACGAUUAAAUAAGUUUUUUCGUAUUUUGAGGAAAUUAUUAAAAUGGAAAACACGAUUUUUCAGUCGAUCGUCAUAGUUUUUAAUGGAAAUGAUAUAAAAACAUUUUUCUCGGUGCAGUGAUGAUCAAUUCGUUAUUCAUCGAAUUUAAAUGAAAUUUUUAUUUUUCCCUAUGUUUUUGUUUCGACGCAUUAUUCGUUGCGCCGUGCCAAGAGGCUGCUGCUUGUAAUAUAUCCAAAACUAUUGAUCGAAAAAAUGACUAAUCUUCGAUACUGUUAUGUAAAGAAAAUGAAAAAAAGGAAAAAGAAAUGAAUAAUCACAGUUAUAUGGCUCGGGAAAUCCACCCUUGUUGGCACAUCGAAAAGUAAUUAUUAAUUUUUCCAUUAGGAUCGAGUUUUAGGAAAGUGAGAGAGAGAGAGAGAGAGGUGAAGUGUUCUCGAUGAAAAAUCACACGAGCAUAUGAGAAUUUGUUUAACAUUUGUAUUCGCCAAAUAAAGCGGCAGAAGUACGACUCGCUGAGAAUGAAUUUGGCUGGGAUUCAAUCAUUUUCAAAUGAAACCUCGAAUGUAGAGUUGAAUUUUACUUUCGAAAACUCAAUCAUUCGAAUGAUUUUCAUUACGAUAUUUCCUCGUUGUAUAAAACAAAAAAAAAAAAGAAACAUUGAAAAAAGCGACAUUUACUACGAUAUAAGUGCUAGAAAUAAAAGAAAAAAAAAGGAGAAAAAGUUUUAGAUGCAAUCGUCGAUCCAAUUGAUUCACACCGAAUUAUGUUGAAUUAAAGGAUAUUUUUUGCUCAAGCUGUGUGUAAUUGACGUUUGUAAAAUUCGUUGAUUCGUUAUAAUCGGCAACGUUUGAAUUUCGCCAGGAUUAUUAAUAAAAACAAAGAAACAAAAAAACGCGCGAAGAAAUAAAGUAAAUACGAUCAAGAGAGCUGGGCUCGUCGUGGAUCAUCUUACUAACAAUAAACAACAGCGAAAAACGUUGACUUUUGUGUAAUCUCGUCAACGAAUUUAAAAACAAAAGAAGAAGAAGAAGAAAACAAAAAACAAACAUUAUAAAAGAGAAUUAAAAGAAUCGUUAACAAUCACAAGUGACGAAAUAAAAUGAUGAAAAACAAUUGAGUGAAUUUAAGGAGAGGCCACGAGAGAUAUAAAUAUGUAAAUACGUGAGAGAAAGAGGGAGAGAAUGUGUGAAAAGCGAAUCGUGAGUGAUGAAAGAUUGAUGAAUAAAUAAACAAACAAAGAGAGUUAAAAACAAAAAGAAAGAAAGAAACGAAAGAUCGAAGACGAUUUGGCAUCGCUGUAUGGAAUUAAUCCACAACUAUUUAUUACCACGAUUGGAAUUAUUAUUCAUUAUUAUUAUUAUUAUUAUUAUUCAUUAUUAUCGUCAUUGUAACAGCAUAUAUUUAUCAUUGUUAUUUACUGUCAUCGAGAGCGAAAAAUAAGCAAGAAAAACACAAUCGACGAUUUCAAGUGAGAAAUAUGAACAAACGAACAAUCGUCCAAUCGAUAAUCGUUAUCGAUUGGAGCCAUUGAACUAUAUUAUCGAAUCGAAAUGCUCGAGCUUGGAGAAGAAUGCUAUUUAAGAAUGAUAUUUCGAGUGUGAAAGAGAGAGAAAAAAAAUUGUUUUAAAUAAACAACGAAUAAUCGAGAAUACGAAAAAAAUGAUAAAAAAAAAAAAAAAAAGAAACGCUAUAAAAAAAAGUAAACACACUGGAACAAAAGACGUUUUUAACGACGUUCUGAUUCUCACUGCUGUCUAAUACAUGACUGAACUAUCGAUCCGUUCAUCCGCCUGUCUGUCUGUGCGUCUUAACUGUCCAUCUUGUCUGUCCGCCUGUCUCUGUCUGUCUAUCUGCCUGCGUUUGCCUAUCAUAGUUAAGAAUUGUGUGCGAGAAAUUAAUGGUUUCUAUGGUGAAAAACGAAGUAUUAUUUUUUUAGUUUUUUUUUAGUUUUUUUUUUUUUUUCAUUUUCGAUGCUAUGACGAAGUUUUAGAAUUUCCAAAAGUGUGUCACCUCGCUCCGAAGCAUUAAUCGCGCAUCGAGUUAUCGUCGAUAGAAACAAAGUUUAUUUCGGGAUUAUCGGAUGAAAAAUAUGUUUUUUUUUUUUUCUUUCUCAUUUUUAUAUUUGACUCGACCAAGAGGGUAGAUUGUUGGGAUUCGUACGGAUCGAAGCAAAAAGGGCACUCGCAGAGACAACAAUGGAGGGAGCUGGACAAAGAACGAUUGAGGAAUAUUGUUUGGUCGUAAGCAUUAUUUAUCUUCUCCUUCGUUAUUUUAUUUAUUCCAUUCGUGUGUAUGGUGUUUAUGAAAGGAAGACAAGAAUAAUGGAGUGCGAGAAAAGGAGAGAGGAGAGAGAGAGAGGGGCGAGGAGUUGAGAGAGAAAUAAGGAGGCACGUGAGUGAUGCUGCUAUGUGUAAAGUAUUAAUGAUUACCUAAUUAAACGCCAUUACUCUAAAACAUUAUGUAUGGAUAAACUAAACUAACCUAUUUAUAAGCUACGUCUACACUAACAUCAAAAACGAACAACACUUGCGCUCACACUUCUCCAAACAAGCAUGUUUACAUUAAAAAAACUCACUUGAGAAAUUUCCACAUACACGCACACACGCACACACACACAAACACACAUAUGAGGAUACAGAGAGAGAGAGAGAGAGAGAAGGAGACACACGAAACACGAAAAUCUCACACAAUCACACACUCAAUGCGACUAUCCAUCGUAUGUAAAACGAUUAAAUAAACGAGUGGUUAAAAUUA